AUGCGAGAGGUCAACGCUUGUGGUUGGGACCAUUUUGUUUUGUUUACAAGUACUGAAACAGGUGAUCAACAUGUUUUGCCGUUUUUGAAGAGUUUGCCGCCAAACAGACGUCUAAUACAUUACGAGUUGCCAGAUAAGUUCGACAAUUCUGAAGAGCUAAAGCGAUUUCUAUGGGACGCCUACAGCCAAAAACAGAGCAGAAAUUUUAUUUUUGUGUCCGUAGAUCCCUCCGUGAUUCUAGCCAGUGCUCAGCGAGUGUUUGACGAGAAACAGCGAGAUGUGGGCGCUUUGAUGGCACAUGAUGCCAGAUUUCUUAUCGUUUUAAAUUCAAACCAAAUUAUAUCGUUACGUGAAUCAGUUCAAAACACAACACUGGAUAAUAUUGCCGUUUUUGUUUUAGAGGAAUCAAUGUUUAAUAUUGCUGUCAAAGAUGUGUUUACUUUAAUGUGGAGACAACAUAGGCGGAGGGAACUAGAGAAGCUGAACAUGGAGGGUGAGGUCCAGAUACCCGCAACUUGUAGAAUAUUCCCGAACACCAAGUUUGGGCUAAAUGGCCGGACAAUUCUAAUCCUGGCCAAAGAGUGGCUAUCCCACCUGUAUACAGUGACCGACCCCACCUCUGGACGAUUGAGCUACACCGGCUUGUACGUGCAGGUGAUUGAAGUGUUGGCCGAGAUGCUCAACUUCACCGUCCAGUUCACGCCUGACCCGGGGUUAGACAAAAACUUAACUUGGGAGAGAUUCACAGACAGUGUCGGGGGGUCAGAGGUCGAUAUGGGCGCCACCACCUACAUGACCAGUUCCCAAAUCUAUUACAACCACACGGUUUCGUUCCCACUCAUAAGCAGCAACAUCAGCGCCGUGUACAUGAACUCUGCCAGACCGGAGAUUAGCUCUCCACUCAAACUGUUCCAGGUCAGUGUUUACGCUUCACUGCUCUUAGCGCUCGUCUUCACAAUGAUGUUAUACCUGCUGAUUCUCUGGGUGUCACCUGAGGUUAAAGAACGCUCAAAUAAUAUGCCCAUUAGGAGAUCUAAAUACCGACACCAAAUGCCCAGCAAAGAGCUACAUAGCGUAUCAACACAAACUGUAUUCACUGAGUUAAGUACUAUUUGCCCUGAACAAACCACUGGGAAAGACUUUACUAACAUUAAAACUAAUGUCCAUACCCGUGGUGUCGUAUGUACAUCAGAUAAAGCUUCAUCUCAAACGAGUUACGUCAGUGAAAAGAACGAGACAAAUGACACGAGUAAGUUUACUGAAGGCAGUAUCAAACAAACACGAAAAUCAUUGAAAACUUCAAAACAAAGCUUGGCUAUGUGCAGAAAUGGAAAUUCCAUAGAACUGCUUGUUGCUUUAUUUUUUACUUUCGUUGGUUCAAUAUUUACACAAGACAGUCUACCAACCCCAUCAGACCAAUCGGCACGUAUCUUACUCUUUUCUUGGUGUCUGAUGCUUCUUAUUUUAACUGCCACCUUCACCGGUAAUAUAACAGCGGAUCUGGUCGAUCAAGGAAAAGUUAUCCCAUUCUCUACUUUAGAAGAGCUGAUAGCAAGGGGAGAUUAUAAAUGGGGUCUUUUCAAUGAAUCUUCUUUUUUAAACGUCAUGAAGAAUGCCAAAAAUGGUUCUCUGUUAAAGGUACUUUAUGAUAAAAUGGAACAGUUUGCCUUAACGGACCCGAGCGUCAUCGGAACAAUUGAAGACCAAAUUCGUAAAUUAAACACCGAGAGAUACGUUACGUUUUUCUUUAGCAGCGACCGUGAAUAUUUAAACGAAUUCUUGACUGACCCUUCCUCGCUUGUGUUUCUCAAAGAUUAUAUUAUGACCAUUUAUCUUGGAUUUAAUUUCCCAAAGAAGUCAAAACUUGCGAAGGUGGUCUCAGAGAAGAUGAUGCUGAUGUCAGACAUGGGUCUUUUGGAGUGCUUGGUGCGGAAGAACUUGAAAUCCCAAAGUUCAAACGCUACGAGCACUGACGCAGACUUGUCUUUGAAGGUUGAAUACAUGGGAGGGCUGUUCUAUUGUUGCGGGAUAGGGGUGUUGAUAUCAGUAGCCGUGUUGUUGUUAGAGUGUGUCUACAGUAAAAUGUGUCAGGUGAUUCUACGACAAACAGAAAGACGUGGUUCUAUUAAGACUGAACCAUAAUAUUGUUUAAUAUGGAAUAAUGAACUGGUAUUGUUUAUUGACUAAUGCGGUGUCAGAUAACAGCUGAGGUUAUUGUUUACAGUAGAAG